AUGGGGGGGGGGGGUUCAACGGUGCUCCCAGGGGUGAUCCCAGGGGUCCUGCAGCCCUCAGGGGCCCUGAAGCCAUUGGAGCCCUCGGGGGUCCUGGAGCCCUCAGAGAUCCUAAAGCCAUCGGAGCCCUUGGAGGUCCUGCAACCCUUGGAAUCCUCGGGGGUCCUGCAGCCCUCAGAGCCCUCAGGGGCCCCAAAGCCCUCAGGGAUCCUGAAGCCCUUGGAACACUCAGGGGUCCCAGAGCCCUCAAGGAUCCUGAAGCCCUCAGGGGUCCUGCAGCCUUCAGAGCCCUUGGGGGUCCCAGAGCCCUCAGGGAUCCUGAAGCCAUCGGAGGUCUUAGGGGCCUUGGAGCCCUCAGGAGCCCUGCAGCCCUCGGAGCCCUCAGGGAUCCUGAAGCCAUUGGAGGUCUUGGGGGUCUUGGAGCCCUCAGGGGUCCUGAAGCCAUCAGAGCCCUCAGGAGUCCUGCAACCCUUGGAGCCCCUGGAGCCCCUGCAGCCGUCAGAGUCCUUGGGAGCCCCGGAGCCCUCAGGGGUCCCAAAGCCCUCGGGGGUCCCGGAGCCCCCGGGGGCCCUGCAGCCCACGCCGCCCCCCGAGGUGCUGGAGGGGCUCCUGCAGCAGCGCUUCGGGCCCCUGCCCCGGCCGGCCACCAUCGCCCGCCUGCGGCGCGGCCCCGCCGGGGCCUACGAGCCCACCGGAGACCCGGCCGAGGUGCUGGAGCGGCGGCAGGCGGCCAACGCCAAGGAGAGGGAGAGGAUCCGGAACCUCAACAGUGGCUUCUCCAAGCUGCGGACCCUGGUGCCGCUGGUGCCGCGGGACCGCCGGCCCAGCAAGGCGGACACGCUGCGGGCAGCGGCGCAGUACAUCCGGCUGCUGCGGGGCGUGCUGCGGGACUGCCAGGAGCUCGGCGCUGGGCAGGAGUUGGGGGGCACUGCAGGGGGGGCACCCUGUGACCCUAAAACUGCCCACAAACCCCUGAAACAUCCACUGCUGCGGGGCUGCCAGGUGCGACCCCAAAACUGA